CAUGGUGGCCACACCCUCACUCCACAGUCGGCGCCGGCGCUCCCUGGUCUGGCCGCUACUCACCUUCGUCACCACCGUCGGUGCUUCCUGGUCAGGCCGCGGCUCCCCUUCGCAGCCGCUGCUCUUCCUCCCCUUCAUGUCGAAUCGCUCGUGGAAGUGGCCGAGGAGGCCCUCGAGCUCGGCAUGCUCGCGCCAGCGAUAGGCGCCGCCGGAGGUGGACGCGGAGGUGUGGCACUCGCUCGCUCCUGCUCUACCCUGCACCUUCUCCGAAUCCGUUCGCCGAAGUGCUCGAGAAGGCGUUCGAGGUCGGCAUGCUAGACGACGACGCCGGGCCCCUCCCUCCUCCGGAUGCCCUCGCCGUCGCCGCCAUGAGCCUCUCCACCCUCUCCCGUGAGGUCGUCCGGGUCCAGAUUUCCCGAGGGAGGAGAAGGAGGUGCCGACAGGGGAUGGGAGCAACAAGUAUAAUUCAAAGAAUCCCCUUAUUGGACCACAUUCAGUUGUCGGCCCUGCUGUUUGACAUCCAUGGUGAUGCUGAUGAUGAUCUUGGCAAGGAUUUUAUGUAUCUGCCUGGGGUCUUGGUAUGUCCUUGAGCACGCAUGAGGUCAAACGAAGAAGUUGAACCUAAAGAAGGGCAGGGAAGAAUUACAGCUUCGUGUGGCCGGCUGGUUCAGGGGACGUGCAGGGCGGGCGCGGCACCGGGUGCCGGGGUAGGCUCCUGGGCACGGGCUAUCUCGCGGACGGGCCACACGGCGAGGGCAGGGUCGUGGGCGCCCGCUAUCUCGCUGAUGGAUUACACACUGAGCGGCAACAAUCGGCGGUGGCGAUUGUGCAGGGAGCGACUGAGCGGCGCAGGGCUCACGAGGUAUCGGUGCAGGCAGGAGACGUGGUUGGUGGGAGGCAUCGAGGUCAAGGGCGAGGGGAGCUGAUUUAGUUGAGUUUCCGUAUUAGUUUGCGAUCACAAUUGCGUGAUUGCAGGGGACGCGGGCUGGUAGUUGGAAUAUUCCUUCGGUGGUGGAGUAUGGUCAGUCAUGGGAAUUUGCUAAGUGCACACCGUGGAGGCAUUAGAUCAAUAAUGACUGUUGGAUUGAGAUUUGUGGGACUAAUUGUAUGGUGCUGAUUGGUUCGUAUGUUUUGUGGAACUAAUUGCUAGGUG